AUGCAGCUCGAACCGCACUUGACGCAAUUAUUCAUUAACAAUAAAUAUGUAGAUUGUCACAAUUCAAAAUUCAUCGCUGUAUACAAUCCAGCCACGGGAGACCUAAUAAGCGAUCGUAUCCCUGUCGCUGGCAACAAAGACGUGGACGAAGCUGUUGCUUGCGCCAGUGAGGCAUUCAAGCCAAACUCGCCAUGGCGGCAAAUGACACACACAGAGAGAAGGGAGAUUUUGCUUAAAUUCGCGGAUCUACUUGAGGCCAACCAAGAGCGCCUUGCUUACCUUACUCGAUUGACACUUGGAGCUCCAUACCUUCCAUUUGGCAAGUCUGAGAUUGGAACAGCUAUCGGUUGUUUUCGCUAUUACGCCGGGUGGGUGGAUAAGCAUGCUGGCCAGAGUUUCCCAGCAGAUGAUGGAUUUUACAAGAUAGUGCGAAACGAGCCGCUUGGGGUCGUGGCAGGCAUUAUUCCAUGGAAUGGCCCAUUGGCGUCUGUUGGCCUCAAAGCAGCCCCAGCCCUUGCCACUGGCAACGUCUUCAUCCUGAAGCCUAGCGAAAAGACACCUUUUAUGGCCGCAGAGCUUGGAAAGCUUGUGCUUGAGGCCGGCUUCCCUCCUGGUGUUUUCCAGGUCUUGACGGGUGAUGGAUCGACAGGUGCAGCUCUCGCUUCGCAUAUGCGCGUUGCAAAAGUAAGCUUCACAGGAAGUAUCCCGACAGGAAAGAUGGUACAGGUUCUGGCAGCCCAAAGCAACUUGAAACGGGUAACGCUGGAGCUCGGAGGGAAGAGUCCUGCUGUGGUCUUUGACGAUGCGAAUCUUGAGAAUGCGGUCAAAUGGGCUGUCAACGCACUCGUCACCAAUUCUGGUCAAAUAUGCUUCGCUCCGACCAGAGUCUUUGUGCAAUCCAAGAUCUAUGACAAAUUCGUGGCAGCUUACGUGGAGCGUCUCAAGGCAAAGAAGGAGGUUCUCGGUGACCCGGAGGCACCCGGCACCGAGAUAGGACCCGUCGUGGACAAAGCCCAGUACGAUCGCAUCAUGGGUAUCAUAUCUUCUGCCCAGGAAAACAAUGACGGAAAAGUGCUGACCGGGGGGCAACGGGUGGGCGAAAAGGCGAGUGACGUCGUUGCAGGAAGAAUUGAAAUGCGACCUGAGCUGACCGAAGUAGGGAUACUUUAUCGAACCCACCGUUUUCGCCGAGACAGACAAAACAUCCUUCAUCUACAAAGAAGAGAUCUUUGGACCGGUCGCUGUUAUCAACAAGUUCGACACAGAGGAAGAGAUCCUCGAGUUAGCCAACGACAGCAAGUACGGACUCAUGGCCGGGGUCUUCACCCAGGAUAUCAGCCGCGCGCUUCGUUUGAGCUCGCUGAUUGA